GCGGUCGUGGACGGAACGCAAGAAGUGGCUCUGGAGGACGCCCAGAUUGAAAGUACUGAGGACAAGUUUGAAGAGAGUCAUGACUCUUUUCGCGAGGUGAAUGGUGACUUUUCUGCUGAAAACUUGGCUAAGGUUGAUCGCUGGUGUGAGCCCUUCGAGUACCUCCCCAACUUUGAUGAGCAACCAAUCACACCCUUGCUCUCUUCCGCAGCGAAGUGUCAUCCCUCUCUAGCAUAUGUAGUUGCGGGCAACCUCGCUGAUUUAUUCAUUGAUUACCAGUUAGCAGUAGGUGAUCGAUCUGGCGGGGAAAAAGCUCCCUAG